AUGGCGAGAGACGAGACCACUGAUGGUAGCGUCCAAAGGAGGGUCAGACUAAAAGCUGGCGUCGAAGAGAACGCCUUGGCGGUCUUCGAUGCUUUCGAGUCCAGCGACCCUCGCUACUCUCACGACGAUCGCAUUGCUUUCCUCGAAUCAGUUCGCGUGCCUCGGUCGUUGCAGAAAAUGGAACUCCUCCGACCAAGUAAUCUCCCCAUUUGCAAAAUGUUGGAGACUAUCUUUCGGAUUCUCAGGACCGGAGAAUUGCUGCAAUCUAUCAUGGCGAGUUUCCAACUUCUUGACGAGUUGGAAAAGUGCUAUCCUCGCGUGUUCUUAUCUGUUGGAGGUACAUCCGAAUCAUCUUCAGCUGCUCAACCUGAGCUUGAAGUGCUAAAGGAGCCUUGGUCUCCCUUGUCUCUCGCUGCAGACAGUGCCACUAGUGGGAGAGCAGCAGUUAACGAAAACCCUUGUGGACCACUUGACCCCUCCGGUUUUGAUCUUCUGAUACAAGGCCUAUUUACACUGGUGGAUGGGACAAAUCGUCAAGUAGUUGAUAUGGAGUCUCUGAGAAAUAUGUUAUUACUUCAGUAUCUCAGCAAUUUUUAUAAAGUUAAAAUGUCCUGUCUCAUCGUAAACCCAUUAAUUUGUGCAUUUGUGCCCUACAAUGAAGGCUUAAGAGACUACACGCUAUUGCAGAAACCAUGGAUUGGACUGUCAUAA